AUGGUCGCUAUAGUGGUGGCCACGACAGCUAGAGUCAUGGUCCAUGGACAUGUCCCUCUCGACAACCGCCAAAGAUACCAAGCAGGCUUGCCGCUCAUCGCGACAAACCGCUACCGUAGCAACCAGUGCCUAGGAAAUUACCGAAUUCGACCCAGGGGGCUGGACGAACCUGAGAGGUGGGCUGAGACAGAGAGAUUGUCGAAAACCUAUGUCCAGCUACCGCCCGAGCCAGCUGGGCAGACCGAGAAACCUGAGCAGCUCGAGCAGCCCACGCAGACUAGCCAGUUGGGGGAAGUCGAGGAAUCCCAGUCUGCCAGUGACGCUGCCCCGGUUACAGCUUCCAUUACGGAGGACCCAUUCAAGAAGUAUCUUGACAAGAUCUUGAAGCGAGUGCACGGGAAGAGGCGCCGUGAACUCAGCCCCACCAGUGGAGGAGCAGGGUCGCGGCGGCCGGACGUGUUCUCAGCAACCAUCUGCCAAGAGGACAGCUAUAUGCACAGCGACACCGAUUCUGACUUGGACCACCGGUCGGUCGUCUCGACGAUUUCUCCACCGUCAGACUGGGAAGAUGACGGGCUGAUCCAAGCGAUUCUGCCUCCCAUCCGGCCCGCGGCUCUCAGCUCAGAGGGGAACUGGAACCGAUCAGAUAGGGCCUCUCCGACCGGCACAGCAAUCAGGCCGUUCGAUUCGGCGGAAAGACAGCCGAGCGAUGCAGGGCGACGAGCCAACGACGGCGGUGCGGCCGAAAGGAGGGAUCAUGAACAUGUCGUGCUCUUUGUUCCCGGCGGAAAGAGACAGCGCUCGAGCACAAGACGAGUCCAUGAACAGGCUGCAGCAGAGGACCCGGCUCGCUCAGAGACCGAGGGCCAGACCGAGAACAACUGGACAAUGGCAAGAGGCCGCGAAUGGUGGCCGCACAGACUGCCGACACUGCACCGGAUUGCCUGCUUCGGGGGCGGGGAGGGGUGCUGCAGGUGGCCAGCCCUCUUGCCGGGCGGCUCGGCUGUCACAGCGGUCGGCCAGUGGUAUCUUUAUGUACGCGCGCAGGCAGCGAUGAUGCUUUGCGUUCUAUACCGAGUCCGAGUUGUGCACAUUCCCCAAUGCCUCGCCAGAGACACGGAGCCGCAUCGCAGCGCAUGCGAUCUCGACAUGGGAGCGGAUGGCAAGAGCCGACAGAGGCCUACCCUAGAGAGGCACCCCAGAGCGGCCAUUUCGCUGUGA